AUGAAUAAUUUGUAUACUGCGCUCCAAAAUUCCCCGCUGUCUCUUGCUAAAAAUACAACUCAAGACUCAACAGUACGCAUAUUAUGUUUAAUACUGACAGCACCUAAAUCGAUUCUUACACGAGCGAAAGCUGUUCAUGAAACAUGGGCACCACAAUGUGAUCGAUAUUUUUUCAUCACAGAAUUUCCUCGAGAAAACAUGACACUCAAACAAAUUCAAUUCGCAGAACAAAUACCCAUUGCACCAAUUAAAAAUAUUACAUCUGGUUAUCAAUAUCUAACGGAAAAAUCUACGCUAGCAUUUUUAUUCGCCUAUAAACAUUAUUUCAAUGAUUUCGAUUGGUUUGUCAAAGCAGAUGAUGAUACAUUUUUGUUUGUCGAUCAUUUGAAAAUAUUUCUAAGAAAACAGAGUACAUCCGAACCUGUUACAUUUGGUUACAAUUUUAAGGUAGUCGUUGAAAAAGGCUAUCAUUCAGGUGGAGCAUCCUACGUGUUAAGCCGAGAAGCAUUACGACGAUUCUAUCAAGCACAUCAAGAUCCAGCGUUAAACUGUCGUAAAGAUGGUGGUAGCGAAGAUGUCGAAAUAGCCCAUUGUCUUCGUAAAAAAGGUGUUUAUCCAGGUGAAUCUCUCGAUAAGAAAAAUCGUGAAUUAUUUCAUCCACUACCAUUUGCGAAUCAUUUUCUUGGUACAUUUCCUGAUUGGCUUGCAAAAUAUGCUCAAAAUCCACCGCAAAGUAAUUACAAUUGCUGUAGUGAUCAAACAAUAUCAUUUCAUUAUGUUACACCUGAAAUACAAUAUCUAAUGCAUUUUCUACUAUAUAAAACUAAAUCGAAAUCGAAUGUUGAUCGAAUAUUGACUCAGAAAUUACACAACUACAUAGUAUCGGUGAACUAA